CCCUGCCCCUGCUUGCGUCAUUCCACCCGGAAAAGCCUCACGUUUUUCCGACUGUGUGACCUCAGACCGUCGUUGCAGCACGCCUCUUAGCAUUAGCUUCAUUGAAAGGCGACAGCAAGUGAUCGGAAAGAAACUGCACUAAUUUAAACCGUCGGCCCGACAGAAGAGGAAGAGAGGAGCGGAACGGAGCCAGCAGGAGACAUGCCCACAAUCGAAGAGCUGUCCCCAGCUGCGGGCCCGGUGUCGAUCCGACCCCCCGAGGACGAGAUUGACGACGAUGAAGAUGAAGACUUUGAUGAGACCCUGAUGGAGAGGCUGUGGGGCUUGACAGAGAUGUUUCCAGACAAGGUGCGUUCGGCUGCCGAGGUGUCGGCGCAGUGCUCAGUCUCACUGGCCAAGAAGUUUUACAGUUUUUCCCGCUCUGCACUCUGGAUGGGCACCACUUCCUUUAUGAUCCUGGUGUUGCCUGUGGUGUUUGAGACGGAAAGACUACAGCUGGAGCAGCAGCAGUUACAGCAGCAGAGACAGAUCCUUCUAGGACCCAACACUGGGAUGUCUGGAGGGAUGCCGGGCAUGAUGCCGCCUGCACCUGGCAAGAUGUGAGGCGGGCCAGGAAGGACCAACAUAAGCCUGACAUCUGCUGCUAGCCACACGGCAGGGUCGUUCACAAGGAGAGACAGAGAGACCAUGGAGAAGAGCGAAGAACUGCAGUAAAUAAAAUAAAAAAGAGCAAAGCUGUGUACCAACGGUACAACAUUAGUCUCACUCCAAGUUUUGGAUUGGCUAAUGGAUCGAAAGAGGAGCGGGAGGAUGUAAAGCAUCUCUGACACUUCUCUCUCGCUGUCUCUCCUUACACCAACAUCACGCAGAGACUGAUUUCCUGAAGCACUGCUUCUAUUUUCUUUUUUUAAAAUAAACUGUUAUUUCAGCAUAAAUAAUGUAGAGGAACGCAGUUAUAGGUGGAUAAGAUGAGAGGAAAAAAAUCUGGAGGUUACCAAUUGUAUGUGUCGGUGUUUGCAGUCUGAAGAACAUUAUAUACGUUUGUUGGCACUUCUCUCCAUUGUCAUGUAUUUUCUGCUUCCACUUGUAUUAGGAGUAUAAUUUUCAAUAACCUGACAGGCAGGUUUGAUGAAUAGUGACAAGUGGAGCAGACCAUAGUAAUUGACGGGAAUGUGGUCGACAGAAUGGCCUGUUGACAUUUUACAUGCUAAGUGAUAAUCUUUUCUAUGUGGUGCGAUUCUGACCGUAUUUCACAUAUGUCAAAAUGGGUCUCACUUUAAACUAGUCAGUUUCUGGGUUUCUGAUCAACUAUUGAAAAAUUGUUCUGGUCCUCCAACAAUCGUGUGUACAACAACAGUUUUGUUGGCAUUUAAAACGGGCAAUGUUUCAUUAGUCUGUGGACAAACUUUGAUGCUAAAUAUCUCAAUAUUUCCCUGAGAGAGAUUGUUAUGUACUUUUCUCUGUUCCCAUUCAUAUGACAAUUUUCAUUCUGUAACAUUCUGUCCUUCAAUAAGCAAACACAUGUCUGUUUUGUGUUCAACAUGACUGUGGGAAUAAAAAACACCAAAUCAAAUGGA